GACACAAGAGAACACGGAAGCUCGUCACAAGGUUUUCGGGGCGUGUCGGCUUGGAAGUAGUAAAACUGAUGCUUCUAACAGAAGCGACCUAAAGACUCCUGAUCUCUGAAGGACCUGAAGUCAAGUGUCUGCACAAUGGCAUCACCAACCCCUCUGUCCAAGGCCAACACCACCUUCGCUCUGGCUUUGCUCAAGAAGCUGAGUGAUAACGACAAGACGGCAAAUGUCUUCUACUCCCCUUUCAGCAUCUCUUCAGCCCUGGCUAUGGUGAUGAUGGGGGCCAGAGGCAACACUGCCACACAGAUGUCAGAGGUCCUCUGCUUCACUGAGGCAGAGAAGCUGCAGCAUGCAGGACCGCCACAAGAGAUGCAGAUGUCGCAGCAAGUCCAGACCAAAAUACCACUGCACCUGCUGAAGAUGUGCCUGAAAACCCGUGAUGUUCAGGACGAUGUCCACAGCAGUUUUGCACAGCUGCUGGGCGAACUCAACAAGGCGAACGCUCCGUACGCCCUCAGUGUGGCCAACAGACUGUACGGGGAGCAGUCCUACCAGUUUGUUGAGCAUUUCUUAGGAGGUACCAUGAAGCACUACAACGCAGAGCUGGAGUCUGUUGACUUCGUGAAGAGCUUUGAGGCAGCAAGGCUCAACAUAAACAGCUGGGUGGAGGAGAAGACACAAGGUAAAAUUAAGGAUUUGCUGGCCCAGGGUGUGUUGGACAGCUUGACCAGGCUGGUGCUGGUCAACGCCAUCUACUUCAAAGGCAACUGGAGCAAGAAGUUUAAGGAAGACGUCACACGUGAUGCUCAGUUCAGAAUCAACCAGAAUGACACCAAACCAGUGAAGAUGAUGCACCAGAAAACUAAGUUCCCUCUAACCUUCAUCCCUGAAGCCAACUGCCAGAUCCUAGAGAUGCCAUACGAAGGAAAGGAGCUCAGCAUGCUCAUCUUUCUACCCAAUGACAUGACGGAAGGUACAACAGGUCUGGAGAAGCUGGAGAAGGAGCUUACCUAUGAGAACUUUGUGGAGUGGACUCGUCCAGACAUGAUGGAUGAAAUUGAGGUCCAGGUGGGGCUGCCCCGGUUCAAGAUGGAGGAGAAGUAUGACAUGAAGAGUGUCCUGGUCAGCAUGGGCAUGGUGGAUGCUUUUGAUAUCGCGAUGAGUGACUUCUCUGGCAUGUCUCCCGCCAAUGACCUGGUCCUGUCAAAAGUCGUCCACAAGGCCUUCGUGGAGGUCAACGAAGAGGGAACUGAGGCAGCUGCUGCCACUGCCGCCAUCAUGAUGCUUCGCUGUGCCGUGCGUCCACCUACCUUCGUCGCAGACCACCCCUUCCUCUUCUUCAUCAGGCAUAACCCCUCCAUGAGCAUUCUCUUCGCUGGCCGAUACUGCUCCCCUGAGUGAGCGCUGUAUGUAUCACUAGAAGAAUGUCGAGAGGAUCACCACUCUAGAGCUCCCUAUAGCUAAUCACACCCUGAGUUUCCAUCCUGUGUUUUCAAAACCAGAAAGAUGUCUGAUUUUCUGAACUCUGGCUUCUUGUCUGCAUUUCUUCUCACGAGUGAUUCUGUGUUUCUCCUGUGCCUUCUUGAACAUGACAUUAUUGCUCUGUUGAUCUUUUGCACAUAAUCUCAUCCUGAGGAUAUGGUUUACUUCAUGUCUAUGACGCAUGUAUGUAUGGCCCUAUUUGCUGCACCUCCAGACCCUACCCUAGUGUAACUAUAGCAUUAAAUUGUGGUAUAUCUUAUCUUAUCCUUUACACCCUUUGUGAGAAUUUGUCUUUAUUACAUGUCUAUUACGCCUGUUUUUCAACCAAUCAUAUGAACAUGUGAUGGUUCCAAGAUUCUCUGCACUUAUCAUCUUUUAUAUAUUUAGUUAACCAAAGAAGAUAAUGUGAUAAAAUCACAUUGUCAGAAGGAUGUGUCCUUGAGGACUACAAUCAAGUACAAUAGUACUAUUAUGCAUUUAGUUAAUAUAGAAUAUAUAACAAGAUCUUUGAAGUUUUGAACUGGAUAUUUUCAUGAGUUAAUGCUUUUACAUAUGGAAUAAACAUGUGAGUGGUUCACUAA